AUAAAUAAAUAAAUACAUACAUAAAUAAUAGCCGACAUUUCAUUAAAGGAACACAUUGCGACGGAAACGGAAACCAUAGUGGGAAGUUUUGUACUCUGGGAACUAUAGAGUAUCCGACAGCGGUACUUGUAGCAGUUUCCUCAGCGCUGAGUGAAGGCUUGUUUGCAUCGUUGCUGCAAUAAUGGAGUGACAGUUAUUCGGUUUUUGUUUUGGCGGCCAUAUUGUACCUCAAACGAAAGUAUCCUCUUCUGCUGCUGACCCAGCUAUGGCAUGCAUUGCUAGUUGCGGAGGACACAGUGUUGGGGCUGCACUUGACUACUUCAUCAGUAAAGGACAGAUUCCAGACAGAGAUGGGGGUCAGGUCACCUGGUACCAUGCCGCUAACAGCAAGGCCAGCACAGCGGAAGCUUUAAAAAGUGCAGCUCACAUGAUUGAAGCAGAUGUUCUACUCCGGGGGCGUGAGCCGAGAGAACCAAUCAUGGCGCACCCUCCCCACAGUGACAGUGACAUCACGCUACAGGAUUGGCUGAACGAGGUGCUGCUGUCUGAUAAAGGAAUCAAGCUGGAUUUCAAAAGUCUGGAAGCUGUGCAGUCCUCCAUUAGGCUCCUGGAGUCAGUGAAGAGUCGGCAAAGUCGCCCGCUGUGGAUAAACGCUGAUAUUCUCCCAGGACCCAACGGGAGCCCCGGGCAAGCAGUGGAAGCCAAGGGAUUCCUGGACACGGUGUGCCCUGUCUCCCCACACGCAGUGCUGUCUCUGGGGUGGACCACAGGCUGGAGCCCUCAAACAGAGAACCACGGCUACAGCUGGGAGAUGGUGAAAGAGAUGGAACAGAUCUGUGGAGCCCUACAGCAGCCCGUCACGUUUCCAGUCAGGGCAGCUCUGCUAAGACAGUCCUUCACUCAGCUUCACUGGCUGCUGCAGCAGUCUGACAGGUACAGUCUAAGCGUCUGGACAGGAAAGGAUGAUGUGUAUCCUGUGGAGGACUUGCUGUACUUGAGGAAAAACUUUGACAAGUCCAGGAUAUUCUACGACAUCACUGAGGCUCAGGAUGCAGCUUUCAAGAAGGCUAUAGGUUAUUCUUCAAUAGUAAAGUAACCGAUGGACUCAGUCAGUGGAGGCAUUGCAUUGGAAACCAACAUUAUUGCCACAGAUAUGGUUUGAUACGGGUAGGGGUGAAAUUCUGCCGGUACUCUGUACCAGGACUUAUUUUGAUGCCGGUACUGGGACUAAUUUAAUCUGCUUUUCAUCCAAUGCAAAUGCAUGCCAUCCACUCACAGUCCACUAGCGCAACGUUUCUCAAAUACACUUUCAUUCAGCUCAUGUUUAUGCUGCUUGCAUUCUGUUUCCUCAUACUGUUUCUGAUAGCUGCUAUUGGCCACACCAUUAACUUUAGUAUAAUCACUGCAUGUUGAUUGGCCAAGCUUUCAUUCUAAUCAGAUUCAUUUUGGCAUGAGUCAGAAAUCUCCGCCCAUUUCACUUUGAGUCAGUGCUCAUUCAUUGAUCAACGAGAGAAGACUUUAGCAGUGCAACAUGAAAACAGCUGUGUGGAGUAAUUAUCAUUAUUAUGGAGUAAUAGUUAUUUAGUGUGACGGAGAAACUACUUGAAAUAUUUGAAAAGAACAUUGCUGCACAUGAAUUUGAAGGCAAAAUCCAUGUCAGUGUUCGCCAUAAAUUACAUAGUGGAUAAAUAUUAUAAAUAAUUUCUUUGUAAAAUGUCCCUCUUUCUAAAACAUUUUGAAGAGUUUAAGUUAAAUGUGAGUUUUCACUUGCACACACAUCUAAAAAAAAAAAGCAGAAUUAAACCACAGUGAUGAUAUUACUUUAUGAAAAUGUGUCUUUUGUCACUUUGUUUCUUGUGCAGAAACCACAAUACCAGGGAUAAACUCAAAAUAAAAAUAAAAACUUUUAUACUGUU